CAAGCUCAACAUUUAUGUACUGUUGUUUUGAACGGCUAAACAAAUAGUAUUUCAAGGCUGAUUGCCAGACGUUUCGAAACUGCGCGCAUUUUAAAUGGCCGAUGAGAAGCCACGAAGAAAACUAAUUUUACAUUUUGAUGCCAGGAAUACUUUAUUUCUGUCAGAUAAAAGUUAUCGUUUUACUAUUGAGGAAGCCCUUAAUAAUUACAUUUCUGGAAUUGUUUGGGGUCAAUUAAAAAAUAAAUCUGAAAGCAAUGAAAUUAAUGAUGCACAAAACAACUCUGAAACUUUCCUAUCAACGAAUUCUAAUCCAGAUCAUUCAACUGAUCCUAUUGAAACAAAUGAAAGUCAAAAUAUAAACUCUGUAAAAUCUCAAGUCCUUAAUGAAAUGAAUCAAAAUGAAAAUCAUGAACAUAACUCUUGCAUAGCAACAACAACUACAACUGGUAACCGUCAACCUUAUGAAGGUGAAAAUUUUGAAAAUUUAACAUCAAAUGAAUUAGCUAAUUUUAAAGCAACAUUAACAUAUUGGAAUCGUUUGCCAGAACCAUUAUGUAUACGUCAACCAAUCCCUAAUUCAAUAAGUAUCUAUAAACUAUUAGAAAAACAAAUUGUUAAAUUAACAUCAGAUAGAGGUAGAAUAAGAAAAUAUUUAGGUAAUUUUACACAAACUCCUGAAGGUUUACCAUUUCGUCAAUUAUUUAAUGAACAUUUAGAAAUGUUAAAAUUAACCCCAUUGGAAUCAAGUAAUUCACCAUAUUGUUUAUGUGUAAAUAGUGGAAAAACUACUACUAAUACUACCGAUACUACUAACACUACUACUACUCAUACUACUAACAAUACUACCUAUACUACUCAUACUACCGAUACUACUAAUACUACCAAUGCUACUAAUAACAAUGAUGAUGAAUAUUAUCAUUAUUUAAUGCCAGCAUUUUAUCGUUUAUUAACAUUGCUUAUUGAAACUAAACGUCAAUUUGCUAUAUUUAUACGUACAUAUGGUAAAGAUGGUGAACAUAUAUUAUCUGCAAUUGAAGCUUAUAUUCAUGGAAAACAUUCACAAGAGAAAGCCCCUAUAAAUGCUAAACAAUUUCUACCAAUUGAUUAUACUAAAUGGUAUUUAAAACGUUCUGAACAUGAACCAAUGUUUCAAUUAUUAAAAGAAAUCCAUAAUGAUGAUGAUCCGAAUGAUGAUAAACAAUUAAUCAAUAUAUCUAAGGAUCCAUAUGAAAUUUAUCAAAUAUGGUCGAAACAAAUUGGUGUGAUUAAUAUAACAGAUGAUUUCAUGUAUUGGAAACAACAUAAUUAUCAUUAUAAAUCAUCAAAACCAUUAUGGUUUAAUCCAAAUGAUAAAUAUAUACAACAUAUAUUAUUUGAUGAUAAUAUACGUUUUGAAGAAGAUGGUUCUAAUGUGAUUGAUUUAUAUCAAUUUGAUAACAAUACGUUUACUAAUAAUAAUUAUACUACUGAUAAUAAUAUAAGUAGUCAAAAACUAAAAUCAAAAGAAUUUCAUUCAUGUUAUAAUCUUGAUAUGAAUGAUGCAAUGAAAUGGGAAAAUAUUUAUUAUGUGCAAGCAGAUUUAUUAGAAAUAAUUAAAAAUAGAAAUUAUUUUAUUGAAAAAGUUAAUGAAUGUGAAAUGAAUUUAGAUCGUAUACAAAAUGAACUUAUGUAAUAGUAUAGUCAUUAUAGUUUUCCAAAAACAAAAAAAAGAAAAGAGAAAAGAGAAAAAAGAAAAGAGAGAAAAAGAAAAGAGAGAAAAAGGAAAAAGAGAAGAAACGAUAAAUCCUCCUUAUAUCAAAAUUGUCUGUACAUAUAGUACAGUUGUAAUUUGUUCAUUUGAUUUUGCACUCAUGUGUUCAUAUGCUACUUAUAUGAUACUUAUUUAUAAGAUUACUGAUUGUACCAAAGAUGUUACAUGCACAAUGAGACUAAGUUGAAAUGUUUAACUUUUCUUUUUUUAUCCUCAUUAUUAUUCUUUUCUUUUUAAACGUAGCAUCUAUGUAGAGAAACCUUCUUUUAUAAGAAUAAAAAUAAUUUUGAU